AGAGCAGCUGAAACGGACAGAAGCACGGGGCAGCCAGUCUGUUGGUAACUGAGAGCCUUGCGACUCAAAUCAGGGUGUCUCAUGCGUACCCGCAGCUAAACACUUCACGGUGUCUCUUUUUGCCCUACUCUGGAGAGACAGACAGAUCGGGAGAGGGGUGUAUUGAAAGAGAGAUAGAAGAGAGAACGCAAAAGAUAGGAACGGUAGAAGGGACCUCGGUAGGCGGGGGAGAAUAUCCGAUCAUUCAUUCCGGCUGGUUACCUCGGUUCUGAAGGCGAGCGAGAGAGAGAGAGAGCGUGAGAUCCGCACAGACAGCCCAAUAUACAGGCGGAUUUACCUUCCUCCGACACGUUUGCAGACCAACGGCUUCUUUUCGCUGAUUCUGCCCGCUUAAACGCGCGCUCAUCCUGGCUAAAGAGGUGUGGAGGCGUGUCUCACCCUGGCCAUGGUACCUGGUGUCUGACCCCUUCCUGUAGGCCAUGGUGACAUGAGAGACCUUGGAGGGCCUCAUCCUAUCGCGUGUUAGAGAAACCAUCCUGAGGCCACACCCACCCUGACCCUCCAUGAUGUCACUAGCAGUACGUCUUCGUCGUCACCUUCGGCGUCUGCUCCUCCUCUUCCUGUCAGGAUCCCUUCUAGGCUCCGCCUACUUCCUGCUCUCUCACUCCUACCCAUCUGUACAGCUUAGCCAAUCAGGAGAUCCCACUUCUGCGGUCGCAAGUUCCACAGCCCUCCCACCUCCAUACCGGACACUCAACACACGUGAAAAAACACAUAGCAACACACACCAGCAAACAGACACACACACCAACAAACACCGGUACCCAGACACUCCCACCGCCAGACAAGCAGACACACCCCCUCAGCCCUCCCCGGACCCCCCGUCCUCGGUAGAGCCCGUGGUGUUGGUGUUGGUUGAGUCCCAGUACAGUCAGCUGGGCCAGGACAUCAUCACCAUACUGGAGUCGGCCCGAUACCCCUUCAGAACCGAGAUCGCCCUGGGAAAGGCAGACCUGCCUCCCCUCACUGACCAGGGGCGUGGUCGUUACAUCCUGGUCAUCUAUGAGAGUCUGUUAAAGUAUACUGGCAACUGGAACAGACAUUUACUACACCAGUACUGUCUCCGUUACCGAGUUGGCAUCAUCACUUUCCACCGAGCCAAUCAGAACUCACCGCCCUUGCUCAAACUGCGUGGUUUCCCUCUACUGCUGCGAACCAAUCAGGUGCUCAGAGAUGCAUCUGUGACAUCACAUUCACCCGUUCUUCACCUGACGCGACCCGGCACCGACCAUGGGCCACUACCCGGGGACGACUGGACCACUUUCACAUCCAACCACUCCUCCUACCAGGCUCUGGUUCAGGCUCGGCCCAGGGAGGGAGGCCUUGCGGCAGGCAGCGGAGACACUACAGCCCCUGGCUUCAGUUUGGGCCUGCAGGCCACGGUGGUGGUGGAUGAGGGACUCUGGGACGGCGUUCGCAGGGUGGUGUUUGGACACGGCCUGGGCUACUGGCUACAUCGGCUGCUCCUGGUGGACGCCGUCUCAUACCUCACUGACAGGAAGUUGUCACUAGGGUUGGAGCGCCACAUCCUGGUCGAUAUAGACGACAUCUUCGUUGGGAAGGAGGGGACGCGGAUGAACACAGCAGAUGUGAAGGCCCUACUGAACACUCAGUACCGGCUGAGAUCUCAAAUCACCAACUUCACCUUUAACUUGGGCUUCUCUGGAAAGUUCUACCAUACAGGUACAGAACAGGAAGAUGACGGGGAUGACAUGCUGCUGCAGUACGUGUCUGAGUUCUGGUGGUUUCCUCACAUGUACAGUCACAUGCAACCUCACCUCUUCCACAACCUCACCUCUCUGCUGGACCAGAUGGUCCUCAACAAGGACUUUGCCCUGGAACAUGGUAUUCCGGUGGACCAGGGAUAUGCAGUGGCGCCCCAUCACUCUGGGGUCUAUCCUGUCCAUGUCCAGCUGUAUGAAGCCUGGAAGGAGGCCUGGGCAAUCAAAGUCACCUCCACGGAGGAAUACCCUCAUCUCAAACCUGCCCGGUAUCGCAAAGGAUUCAUUCACAAUGACAUCAUGGUGCUGCCUCGUCAGACAUGUGGGCUGUUCACACACACCAUCUUGUAUAAGGACUACCCUGGAGGAUCUACAGAGCUGGACCACAGCAUCAGAGGAGGAGAAUUGUUCCUCACCGUCCUACUGAACCCUAUCAGUGUGUUUAUGACUCAUCUCUCUAACUACGGUAAUGAUCGGUUGGGUCUGUACACCUUCGUCCACCUGGCUGACUUUAUAUCUACCUGGACACACCUGCAGCUCCUGACCCUGCCUCCUCUUCAGCUGGCCCACAGAUACUUCACCCUCUUCCCUGAACAGAGACAGCCUCUCUGGCAGAACCCAUGUGAUGAUAAGAGACAUAAAGACAUCUGGUCCAAGGAGAAGUCGUGUGGUAGACUGCCCAGAACCCUGGUCAUUGGACCGCAGAGGACAGGAACGACAGCACUCCAUCUCUUCCUUCUGAUGCAUCCCUCGAUCUCCGGCCCCAGGCAGCUGGAUGGCCUCAGCCCCUACAGGGAGGUCCAGUUCUUCAACACUAACAACUACCACAAGGGCAUAGACUGGUACAUGGACUUCUUCUCUCUCCCGUCGAACGUCAGCAGUGACUUCCUGUGUGAGAAGAGCUCCUCCUACUUCUCAUCUGAGGAAGCUCCUCGCCGGGCUGCUGCUCUGCUGCCGAAAGCCAAGAUCCUGACACUCCUCAUCAACCCCUCUGACCGGGCCUACAGCUGGUAUCAGCAUCAGAGGGCUGUGGGGGAGCACGUUGCACUGAGGUUUUCAUUCUAUAAGGUCAUCAGUGCUGGACACGAGGCAGCAGCUGACCUCCGUUCCCUCCAGAACCACUGUCUCACACCAGGACUUUACUCAACACACCUGGGGAGGUGGCUACAACACUACCCUGCUAACCAGUUACUGAUUCUAGAUGGACAGCAGUUGAGUAGUGACCCAGCGGCAGUGAUGAACGAGGUCCAAAAGUUCCUUGGCGUGACUCCUCAUUUCAACUACUCACAGGCUCUCAUGUUUGACCAGCAGAAGGGAUGCUGGAGAGAAGCAGGACGGACAAAGUGUUUAGGGAACAAAGAACGAAAAUAUCCUGUUAUGGAACCAGAGGCACGGUCCUUCCUGUCCAGGUAUUAUAGAGAACACAACAUAAAUCUGUCUCAGUUGCUUCACCAGCUGGGUAAACCUCUCCCUUCCUGGCUCAGAGAAGAGCUGCAGAAGGUCAGAUAACCAGGGGUUGGAGGCCAGGGGACCAGGAAGGGACAGAGACCAUGACUGUUGAUGUUACCCCCUGACCCCAGCGUCAACCCAAACAACAAAGGAAAAGUCAUGAACUGUGAACUAUGACCUAAAAAGAGAGAGUGAAUAGAGGUGCAAGGGUUUCUGAAUUUGGAAAGAGAAGAAUUAAGGGAUGAUGAUAUCUUUGACAUUACUGUUUCAGUCACAUGGAGGGAUGAUGACCCGUUGAACAGAACUGUUUCAGUCACAUGGAGGGAUGAUGACCUGUUGAACAGAACUGUUUCAGUCACAUGGAGGGAUGAUGACCUGUUGAACAGAACUGUUUCAGUUACAUGGAGGGAUGAUGACCUGUUGAACAGAUCUGUUUCAGUUACAUGGAGGGAUGACAACCUCUGGAACAAAAUUGUUUCAGUCACAUGGAGGGAUGACGACCUCUGGAACAUUAAUUGAACAGGCAGAUUCACAGAGCCACCAUCACCAUGACAGCUAUCACCAUAACAGCCAUCACCAUGUCUCUUAUCACAUCACCGCGCCACCAUCUCAGAGAGACACAGUGGAAGCCCUCAAACCUCAAGAACCCAGGGUUCUGUUCUGUUCCAAGGAUCCAGGAUGAGUUUUGCGGAUGCACAAUGAUGAGGAACAUGAUGGAACCUGAAGCUAAAGCCCAGAGAUACAUAAACAAACAUAAUAACCUCCACACUGCUGGCCUUGUGGCCUAUUUCCUGUAGCCAAAAUGUGUGAUAUUCAACCAGGAAGUGUCGUUGGGGUUUGUGUUGUGAUAACCAGGAAGUGUUGUUGGGGAGUGUGUUGUGAUAACCAGGAAGUGUCGUUGGGGAGUGUGUUGUGAUAACCAGGACAUGUUAGCUCAACCAAUUCUAUCUGAUAUAUCUAUCUGAGACAUGUUCUCCCUACUGUAUACUGUAGCUGAGCAAUAUGCAUCCAGGUCAUGGUACAUCCAGGUCAGGUAUGAAUAUUAAUGUUUGUAGUCUCUUAGAUUGUCCCUGAAAUCGAAUGGAACUUUAUUUCACUCCCACUGUUCUGUCAUCUGUAACACUGGGUCGGUCUGUGGUCUAAUCCCACUGUUCUGUCAUCUAUAACACUGGGUCUGUCUGUGGUCUAAUCCCACUGUUCUGUCAUCUAUAACACUGGGUCUGUCUGUGGUCUAAUCCCACUGUUCUGUCAUCUAUAACACUGGGUCUGUCUGUGGUCUAAUCCCACUGUUCUGUCAUCUAUAACACUGGGUCUGUCUGUGGUCUAAUCCCACUGUUCUGUCAUCUAUAACACUGGGUCUGUCUGAGGUCUAAUCCCACUGUUCUGUCAGCUAUAACACUGGGUCUGUCUGUGGUCUAAUCCAACUGUUCUGUCAUCUAUAACACUGGGUCUGUCUGUGGUCUAAUCCCACUGUUCUGUCAUCUAUAACACUGAGUCUGUCUGUGGUCUAAUCCCACUGUUCUGUCAUCUAUAACACUGGGUCUGUCUGUGGUCUAAUCCCACUGUUCUGUCAUCUAUAACACUGGGUCUGUCUGUGGUCUAAUCCCACUGUUCUGUCAUCCAUAACACUGGGUCUGUCUGUGGUCUAAUCCCACUGUUCUGUCAUCUAUAACACUGGGUCUGUCUGUGGUCUAAUCCCACUGUUCUGUCAUCUAUAACACUGGGUCUGUCAGUGGUCUAAUCCCACUGUUCUGUCAUCUAUAACACUGGGUCUGUCUGUGGUCUAAUCCCACUGUUCUGUAAUCUAUAACACUGGGUCUGUCUGAGGUCUAAUCCCAGUGUUCUGUCAUCUAUAACACUGGGUCUGUCUGUGGUCUAAUCCCACUGUUCUGUCAUCUAUAACACUGGGUUUGUCUGUGGUCUAAUCCCACUGUUCUGUCAUCUAUAACACUGGGUCUGUCUGAGGUCUAAUCCCAGUGGUCUGUCAUCGAUAACACUGGGUCUGUCUGAGGUCUAAUCCCAAUGGUCUGUCAUCGAUAACACUGGGUCUGUCUGAGGUCUAAUCCCAGUGGUCUGUCAUCGAUAACACUGGGUCUGUCUGUGGUCUAAUCCCAGUGGUCUGUCAUCGAUAACACUGGGUCUGUCUGUGGUCUUCAGUGCACUACUUUUGACCAGAGAAUAUCCAGGCAGGAUGACGUAAUCAUGGUGCGUUAUGGUCUGUUUGGUGUUUACAGGAGAUAUAGUGUAAUAAACACAGAGGUCACCUGAUCAGAUGCUU